GCUGUGGAGGAGCUGGCAGCGGGGAAGGGGGUGUGCGCCGCGGUCCAGCAGCUGCCCAGAGGCCGCGUCCCGCGCCCGGCCGACCUCGUGCCUCGGGCUCUCCCGACCGCUCCCACACGCUCAGCCCGCGUCCCCGGGCUCUGUGCACCGCCGGUUCCGAGAGCUCACGCUCGACGAGCGCGCCAUGAGUCCAGGCCGGCGCGCCUGCGAGGACGAGCGGAACAGAGAGCCGGCUGGCGGCGGCGGCGGCGGACCGGUGAGCCCGGCGAGUGGAGCGCGGGCCUGGGCGGUGAGCGCGCUGUGCCUGCUGCUCUCCGCGAGUUCGGCGGUCGCCUGCCUGCUGCUGGGCGUCCAGGCGGCAGCGCUGCAGGGCCGGGUGGCGGCCCUCGAGGAAGAGCGGGAGCUGCUGUGGCGCGCGGGGGCCCCCGACGCCUUGGCCGCCUGGGCCGAGCCGCGGCUGGAGCGCCUGUUGCGUGAGAAGUUGGAGGGACCAGUCAAGCUCCGGACAGUUCGAGAAGCACCGACAGACUGUGUCUGCCCCCCAGGCCCCCCUGGACGGCGUGGCAAGCCCGGAAGAAGAGGUGAUCCCGGUCCUCCUGGGCAAUCGGGACGAGAUGGCUACCCGGGGCCACUGGGUCUGGAUGGAAAGCCUGGACUUCCCGGCCCCAAAGGGGAAAAGGGUGCACCAGGAGACUUUGGCCCCCAGGGAGAUCCUGGGCAAGAUGGAGCUGCUGGGCCUCCAGGGCCCCCAGGACCCCCUGGGGCCCGGGGCCCUCCUGGUGACACUGGGAAAGAUGGCCCCAGGGGAGCACCAGGCCCAGUGGGUCCCAAAGGAGAAGCUGGACAAGAUGGUGCAACGGGCCCAAGUGGACCCCCAGGGCCCAAGGGGGAUGACGGGAUACCAGGCCAACCAGGGCUCUCUGGACCCCCAGGGCCCAAGGGGGAGCCCGGCCACCCAGGCACUGAUGGAGCCACGGGGCAGCGGGGUCCCCCAGGCCUCAAGGGUGAACAAGGAGACACAGUGGUAAUUGACUACGAUGGCAGGAUCUUGGACGCGCUUAAGGGUCCUCCUGGGCCACAGGGGCCCCCAGGGCCACCAGGGAUCCCCGGAGCCAAGGGCGAACUCGGAUUGCCUGGUGCUCCUGGAAUCGAUGGAGAGAAGGGUCCCAAAGGACAGAAAGGAGACCCAGGAGAAGCUGGACCAGCAGGACCCAAAGGGGAAGCAGGAGAGAUGGGCUUGUCAGGCCUCCCGGGUGCCAACGGCCCCAAGGGAGAGAAGGGAGAGUCGGCAUCUGACAAGCUACAGGAGAGCCUGGCCCAGAUCAUAGCAGAACCAGGGCCCCCAGGCCCUCCUGGUCCCCCAGGCCCCAUGGGCCUUCAGGGGAUGCAGGGUCCCAAGGGCUUGGAUGGAGCAAAGGGAGAGAAGGGCUCGUCGGGUGAGAGAGGACCCAGCGGCCUGCCUGGGCCAGCUGGCCCACCAGGCCUUAUUGGGCUGCCAGGAACCAAAGGAGAGAAGGGCAGACCCGGGGAGCCAGGACUAGAUGGUUUCCCUGGACCUCGAGGAGAAAAAGGAGACCGGAGUGAGCGUGGAGAGAAGGGGGAUCGCGGUGUCCCAGGUCGGAAAGGAAUGAAAGGCCAGAAGGGCGAGCCGGGACCCCCAGGCCUGGACCAGCCAUGUCCUGUGGGCCCCGAUGGACUGCCUGUGCCUGGCUGCUGGCAUAAGUGAUCCUGAGCACGCAGUUUACAACCUGUAUAGAUCCAUAUGGACAUUUUUAAUUUUUGUAAAAACAAAACAGUAAUAUAUUGAUCUUUCUUCACGGGAUGCAUCACCGAUACCUUUUAACAUCGGAGCCUUUUAACAUCGGAGAGUGUGCCCAGCCUAGCCCCAAGACAAUCAGUGUGUGAAGCUGGCAGGAAAGCGGACAGGCCCCCUGGGGGCGCUGUGUACUUCCGGGGCUCCCUCGGGGCUUGGCUUUCCCAAGAAGGAGAUGAGAUGAAGGUAAAUUGCCUGGCUCAGGAGAGGCUGCAGAAAGGCCAGGUUGGGCUUUCGACCGAAAGUAGAGACAGAGCAGAGACUCCGGCUGUCUUGCUGCCCUGCAACAGCCUGCCCUCUGAAGCUCUGGAGACCCGGAGCCACGCCAUCCACGAAGGCUCGUGGCAUGAAUAGCAGACACAACUGAUCUUGGCCUCUCUGGCCUCUGCACUCAGCCACAUCCAGCUGCCCACCACUCUGGGCCCCCUUGGGCCCUGGCUUCACCAGGGCAGGACUCCCACCCAGCACUCAUAGCUGGAGCCGUGGGAAGCAACCUAAGCGGGCUGAGCUCCCAUCGAGUGCCGCAGGCCUCAGGAACCAGCCUGCCUGCUGUGAGAACAGGUGUCCUCUGGCCAGGAGUGAAGGCCAGGCUCUGUGAUCAGCACCACGUGGACCCGGCAGCAGGGAGCCCUGUGAUCCUCGAAGGCGGAGGUCCCAGGCUGGAAUGUCUACUGUUUCCUGUUUUUCACCGCACCCCCACCACAUGAGGGACAUGAUGUGACUGCCAGCCUGAGCAGAUGGACUGCCAGCUCAGAGUCUGGGCCUCGAUGACCCCAAGUCUCCCCACCCAGGGGAUCUCUGGUCAGCCUGCCAAAAAUGGGUCCUCUGAGUGAGCUAUGCAAAUGAAAAGAGCCUCAGGGCUGCUUCCACACCUGUCUGAGUAGGCAGCCUGUGCCCUCAGCCGAUGACACUCUGAGAAGAGGUUCCCCCCCUCUGACAAGGGGCCCCAGCCACCAGCUCCAGACCAACUAGUUGCCUCCCCUCUCUGUGUAGAUGGAUGUUGUUGUGUGUAAUAAAUCACAAAUGUGUGUCUGGGUA